AUGGGUUUGGGAGCUAAAAUCAAGAACGCGCUCCACAGCGACGACCAGCCUCAGAAGACCACGUACGAGGGUGACCAGCCACCAGGAGCAUUCCCCUCCGACUCUACUACCGCCGGAACCACCAAACACAACACCACCACGACCGGUGGAUACACCGGAGGAACCACCGGAAGCCACACAACCGGUACCACCGGCACCACCGGUACUCACACCACCGGUACUCACCACGACCAUCGCGGCGGACCUACGUCCGGUUUGACAGGGACCACCCAUGGCACCACCCAGGACGCCACCCACGCCACAACCACCGGCCACACGGGAGGCCUGACUGGCAGCAACACCGCAGGAUACAGCAACGUCAAUGAUCCCGAUGGAGUUCAUGGCCCACACGCCGGAAGAGCUGCAAACAAGCUGGAUCCCAGAGUCGACUCAGACCGUGACCAUCGCGGCGCGCCUGGCGUUGGUCUCUCCGGCACCCACCGCCCCCAUGACUCCGGUGUCGAAGUCGGUCAAGGAGUUGGCCGCAACAAGCCCUACAAGGGCGAGUAUCUCGCCAAUGCCGAGCGCGCCAACGCCCAGGACCCUUACUGGGGUGAUGUUGGCCGCGAUGGCGCCACUGUCAACAAGGACUUGCCGCUCCGCCCCAACGAGUCUGGCAUUGGCCGAGGGGGUCCUCAGGCCGUUGGUGGAGGACAUUAUAAUCCCGCGGCGUCCACUCACCACGACCCUGCCUCGGGUGUCGAUCGAUCAGUUGAGGGUCGCGACUUCACUCACCCAAACGGCCCCAACACCGGAGUUGGCGGUGCUAGUGGUGAUCCCUACAGCGGCGUUCAUAGCGCCGCACACAACCCUCAGGCGGCUCUGUCUGGCGGCAACGCCAGCGACCCGUACGACACUCGCGUGAGAGAUAGAGACAUGGGCCGUGAACGCACCGGUCACGGAGCCGCUGGCGCCGGUAUCGGUGCCGGCGUUGGUGCCGGCGUCGCCGUGGCUGCUGGUCAGGCUGCCCACAGACAUCACCGCGACGACAUGCACGAGUCUGGCCACGGAGGUACCAACACGGUUGGCAGCGUCAACUCUCCCGUUGCUCACAACACACAUGGAACUGACGUCGGUGUCACUGGCACCCACGCUGGAGGUGUUCACGGCCACCACCGUUCCAGCCUUACCGGCAACGAGCCAGGCGUUCCUAAGAGCAGCAUGCUCGACCCUUACAACGAGGCUCCUACCGCCACUCUUGGUACUCAUAGUGCUCACGGCACUCACGGCACUCACGGCACUCAUGGUAACGUCGCUGGCACUGGCGGUGUUCUCGGAGGACACACUGGAUCUUCCUCGCUGAACCAAGGUACGCAAUCCUCCCAUGUCCCUGGCACAAGCGGUCUGGGACCCAACGGAAUGGGCCCUGACCAUUACGGCCCAGGACAUGAGGGAGCCAAGGUUUUCCACACCUGCACCAAGUGCGGCGAGGACAACGAUAUCAGCAGAUACUUCAAGAAGGAUGCUGUUUACCGUAUGAACUAG